CGGUGCCAGGGGAUGCUCUUCUUGGAUGGCGCGCGCGGGUUCAGCACCUCGGAAAGCACCCCCUCUCCCUGGAUGGGGAUUACGCAUGCUCUUUGAGUUUCUCCGCCUAGACUUCUGUAGGUGCGACUGUAACUCUGUAAUACUGGUAAUUCUCUAGGAACUCACAACAUCGGACAAGCAGAAAACACCAACAGACCUCCAGGAAGUGAUGGCGUGAAUCAACCUUGAGGCAGCCGGAGCGUGACACGGAUUUUCAGGAUCUGUGUUCCUCUAAAAAGAGAGAAUCUCGUCACGGCAGAAGACAAAAAAAAAAAAAAAAAAAAAAAAAAAAAAAAAAAAAAAAAAAAAAAAGAAAAGAAAAGAAAAAAGAAAAAAGAAAAAGAAAAAGGUAUUGGGAAGAGAAGGGGCCGGAGAACUGUGCUCUCGCGUCUAAGUGACAACUCAGUCUUAUAGUGAGUUGCUGGAGACCCAGUCCUCGCCGGGAGGAGCCUUGAUCCCCAGCCACUUUCCCAGAACUGCCCUCCUCUGCUCUAAACCGGUCAAGAACUGACCCUGAGCUCAGCUAACCAACCCCUGCGCCCAAGGCGUUUCUGGCCGCGGACUCCAGCGCCCAGUUCCCGGGCGCUGUCUUCAGCCGCUUCUUCAAAAGCUCAGGCUUCUGCUCCACGCGCCAGCCUGGGUACCACCUCCGCAGCAAGGGGAGCCUCCGGGGAAGCUGGCCCUCAGAGCAUGACCCAGAGGCACCUGCGCGCACAGGUGGCUUCUGCAGCCACCGCAGCCACCAUGAGCAAGGCGGCGGCGGGCGAUGAGCUCUCAGAAUUCUUCGGGCUCAUCCCAGACUCGCUGGAGACUGCCAACGGGAGCGGCAACGCGUCGCGGCAGCUUCCGGGUUCGUGGUUGGGGCUGGGGCUGGAGUUGCCAGACGGUGCGGCGCCCGGGCAUCCUCCGGGCAGCGGCGGGCCAGAGGGCGCGGACACUGAGGCCAGAGUACGCAUCCUCAUCAGCGCGGUCUACUGGGUGGUGUGUGCGCUGGGACUGGCUGGCAACCUACUGGUUCUCUACCUGAUGAAGAGCAAGCAGGGCUGGCGCAAAUCCUCCAUCAACCUGUUUGUCACUAACCUGGCGCUGACUGACUUUCAGUUCGUGCUCACUCUGCCCUUCUGGGCGGUGGAGAACGCACUUGACUUCAAGUGGCCCUUCGGCAAGGCCAUGUGUAAGAUCGUGUCCAUGGUGACUUCCAUGAACAUGUACGCCAGCGUCUUCUUUCUCACCGCUAUGAGCGUGGCGCGCUACCACUCGGUGGCCUCGGCUCUUAAGAGCCAUCGGACCCGAGGGCACGGCCCUGGAGACUGCUGCGGCCAGAGCCUGAGGGACAGCUGCUGCUUCUCAGCCAAGGUGCUGUGUGGGUUGAUCUGGGCUUCUGCCGCGCUGGCCUCGCUGCCCAGUGCCAUUUUCUCUACCACCAUCAGGGUGAUGGGAGAGGAGCUGUGCCUCGUGCACUUCCCGGACAAGCUGCUGGGUUGGGACAGGCAGUUCUGGCUGGGUUUGUACCACCUGCAGAAGGUGCUUCUGGGCUUCCUGGUGCCACUGAGCAUCAUCAGUCUGUGUUACCUGCUGCUGGUGCGCUUCAUCUCCGACCGCCGCAUAGUGGAUGGAGGGACAGCAGCAGCAACUGCGGGAGGCCUGAGUGCAGCCAGCGCUAGGAGAAGGUCCAAGGUCACCAAGUCGGUGACCAUUGUGGUCCUCUCUUUCUUUCUGUGUUGGCUGCCCAACCAGGCGCUCACCACCUGGAGCAUCCUCAUCAAGUUCAACGCCGUGCCCUUCAGCCAGGAGUACUUCCUGUGCCAGGUGUACGCCUUCCCAAUAAGCGUGUGCCUGGCGCACUCCAACAGUUGCCUCAACCCGAUCCUCUACUGCUUAGUGCGCCGGGAGUUCCGAAAGGCUCUCAAGAACCUGCUGUGGCGCAUAGCGUCGCCUUCGGUCACCAGCAUGCGCCCCUUCACCGCCACCACCAAGCCAGAGCCUGAGGAUCACGGGCUGCAGGCCCUGGCGCCGCUUAACGCUGCAGCAGAACCAGACCUGCUCUACUACCCGCCCGGGGUGGUGGUCUACAGCGGGGGUCGCUACGACCUGCUGCCCAGCAGCUCAGCCUACUGACACCUGCCAAGCCUCUAGAAGACCCAAGGAGAAGGCGAAGGGAGAGCAAGUUUGGAGGCUGGAGGAGCAGAGUGGAGAAAUAGGUAGGAAAGGCUUGCUGGAAAGAGCAUUGUAAAAGGGCCAGAGGAUGGUCUCUGCAGAAACCAGGUUAAGAGGGGAAUAUCUGCAACAGGAGAGAGCCAGCAGCCUCAGCUCCUGCUCCCCACUCUCUAUUCCGCGUCUUCUACUCCAAGCCCCGCUCUCCCUGUCUCCAGCCGCCAUGUGCGCGCGCGGAACACCAUGGGACACCCGGAAGCUAGGAAAGGCACUGAGAAGCAGAGGGGAUGAACCGUGUAGGAGUUGGGCUGAGCCAAAUGAUGUCCAAUCACGAGAUCAUUAGGCCCAGCGACUUUUAUGAGGAACUUUAUGCAGCCUCAAGCAGAAUCCAGCCAGGAGAGUUGCCCACAAAGCCUUUCUUAGGCGCUCUGAGCUGUGAAGACUGUCCCAAGCAAUGAUCUAACUUGCUGUAACCACCUGGGAAAGAAAACGAGAGCUGGAACUCUGGUAUCCUUUAUAAUCCUGGGCAGUGCUAAGGAGCAAAAGCUGAGCCUCUGCUGUACCCCUGAGUUCAAAUGUCACCUGCAGUCUCUAGGAAGUGGCAUGAGAUGCAAGAGAGAACACCGUGAUUUGAGGAGGUGAAAUAGAGAAAACUUUUAAAGAUGCAGCCCCUAAAGGAAAGGGGGUGGAGUGGGGGACUGGUUAAGUGAGCCAGAAGUGUAGUCUUUCCUCUGGAAGCCUGGGCGCCCAGAAUCUCCUCAGGACAGUCUGGAUACCUGACAGGCUGGUCUGUUCAGGCAACGAGGUAGCAGAGCACCCUGAAAAGCUCUGCUGAGAGUGGGGGCGCUUCAGCAGCACCCCCUUACUCUCUGGAGUAGGCUGACGGGGAUGAGAAGAGGUGGCUCGGUGUUAUUUGGGCUGUAGGAGCGCAGGAAAUGCUCGCUGUUAUGUAGGAUCUGGAGAUCGAUCUUUCAAAGUGGAAAUGAGGAUUCAAAUAAAAUCUGUCCUAAGGGGAAAGGAAGAGGCUGUUCUCAUGGGCAUCACCAAAAUAUUAUGAGAAAAGUUAUGUAACUAACAGAAGAAGGUGAGACUCAGCAUUUGAAUAGGUCACCCACCAUAACCAAGUUCCAGGGACUCCUGGAUGUUUUGCUCGUGGGGUAAGCAGGGCAGAGGCAGGACAGCCUCUGAAAAGUGAGUGCCCUCCUCAUGACAGCUCAGUUCUAGUGACAGUCUGAGAUCUUCAGGUCUUGCAGACUCCUUGAGACCGUUCUGAUAACUGAGAUGAAAUGUUAGCCUACCUGACUGCAGUCCUCUUUGGCUUGGUCUUGGGUUAAGAGGCUGGUAAAGCAGGCACCUCACGUUGCUGGUGUGGUCACUUUAACACAAUAAGGAACCAUUAGAAAAACAACUCUGCUUAAACAGCCUCCUGAACUAUAGGGCUGUUGGGAAUUUUGUCAAAGCUGUACUGUACUGUGUGAGACUUAAAGACACCCCUGUCGUCAAAGCCAUGUUGUGUGUAACACUGUUAUGGAUACUCAGAUGUCUUGCCGAAAAACGAACAAACCCUGAGGCUUUGUUUCAAAGCAGUCAUAUUAGUUCUCUGCUGCCCUUUAGCAUCCUUGAUACUGGUAUUGCCUAGCAACUAGACCAACAAAUAUUGGAAUGUGAGCCCCUAAUGCUCAUAGAGGGAUAGUUUUAUGUCAAUUUGACACAAGCUAAAGCUAUCUGAAAGGAGAAUCUCAAUUAAGAAAAUGCCUCCAUAAGAUCCAGCUGCAGGGCAUUUUUUUAAUUAGUGAUUGAUUUGGGAGGGCCUAGCCCAUCCUUCACAGGUGAGGCCGACUCUGGGAUGGUGGUCCUGGGUUCUACAAGAAAGCAGGCUGAGCAAACCAUGGGGGAAGCAAGCCAGUAAGCAGCAACCCCCCCCCCCAUGACCUCUGCAUUAGCCCCUUUAUUCAUGUUUCCACCCAGUUUGAGUCCCCAUUCUGGCUUCCUUUAUUAAUGGACUGUAAUGCAGAGGCAGGAGUCAAAUAAAGCCUUUCAUUUCCAAUUUGCCUUUUGGCUCAUGGUGUUUUGUCACAAUAGAAACAUGCUCCAAUGUACAAAAUAAAGAAAAGGGUCCACCUAAGAGGAAACAGACUAUACCAUAUCCAUGUCCAGCAUUGGUAUUAGACUGGGAGAUUAGAGUCACUUACUAUUUCAGUUUUGACAGUACCAUUAUUUGACAAUAACUCAGAUUCAGCACACUUAAGAAAAGGUUACGGACAUAUGUGUUUCUGCUGCAGGCAUUACAGAUAGAUACUGGGCUGGGACCAGGUCUUCAAGUAAAUCUCUGCAAAAUGAGUCGCUUUGUCCAAAUUCUAAGAGGGCUUCAGAGAACACCAGAGAGAGAGAGAGAGAGAGAGAGAGAGAGAAAGAUAAAAAACUAUGGAUUCAGUCUACUCAAAGACAGAACAACAGGAGAUGGUCAAGCAGCCCUCUGUGUGCCUGUGUUCAGGGUAUAAUCCAGACACAGUCCAGAUUUCACAGGACAAACAGCCGGAUCCCCAAGCGAGACAAAGCAGAGAACAAUGCUUUGGUUGUCACAGUGAGGCUACAAUAAAAGAGAGGGCAUGGGGAUCCAGGGGGUGGUGUGAGGACAGAUUCUGCUGAGGGGUCCUGUUUUGGUCAAGACAGUCUAGAGAAUAUAGAUGCAGUGUUGACCAAUGAUGCUGAUGGGGAAAAGGGAAAGCAGAUAGAUUAGGGAAGCUGGAAGCUAACAGUGUACCUUCCGUUUAUCCCUCAGGCGUUCCCUGUAUUUCUACUAAAGAUGUUUACAUCUCUAUGUUAAUUUUAUUUGUC